CUUACUUGUUCCUUUUUCCCUCCUCCAAUACUCCUACCUACCUCCCCUUCCCAUCACCUUGUAUUUAUUGUAUCUAUCUUUCUCCUUUUUCCCCCAAAUUCAUCUCUCUCUCUCUCUCUCUUCUUUCUCUCUCUAGAAAAACUAGUUCAUAUUGCCAUUGAAGAGGCCACCAGCAGCAAACUUAGUAUACUGAUCAGAAUCACAGCGAGAAGAUGUUGUCAGUGGCAUCUGCGGAAACUCAGAAUCCGGAGCUUUCUUCUCCGAUCAUAACACAGAAGCAAUCUUCACCGGAAAAAAGCCAUGUUUUUAAAUCCAAGCUCCCAACUAUCCCCAUUUCUAACCACCUACCUCUCCACACCUACUGCUUCGAAAAUUUCUCUCACUAUCCUGACAGGAAAUGCCUUUUGGUGGGGAACGGUACCGGAAAAUCAUACACCUACGCCGAAACGCAUCUCAUCUGCCGGAAAGUCGCCGCCGGUUUGUCCAACCUCGGAAUCAAAAAAGGCGACGUCGUUUUGGUACUCCUCCAGAACUGCGCCGAGUUUGUGUUCACUUUCAUGGGAGCUUCGAUGAUCGGAGCGGUUACUACUGCUGCGAAUCCUUUCUGUACGGCUAAUGAAAUUUUUAAGCAAUUUAGGGCUUCCAAUUCGAGGAUGAUUAUCACGCAGGCGCAGUACGUAGACAAGCUCCGCGAAGGAGGUGAUGAUUCCCCAAAAUUCGGAGAGGAUUUCUCAGUGAUCACCGUCGACGAUCCGCCGGAAGGAUGCCUGCAUUUCUCGGUGCUUUCCGAGGCGAACGAGAACGACGCGCCGGCGGCGGUGGAGAUCGACUCCGACGACGCCGUUUCGCUACCGUUUUCAUCCGGAACCACCGGGCUGCCGAAGGGCGUGAUCCUGACGCACAAGAGCUUGAUCACCAGCGUGGCUCAGCAAGUCGACGGCGAGAAUCCGAAUCUGUACUUGAAGCCGGACGACGUCGUUCUGUGCGUGCUGCCGUUGUUCCACAUAUACUCGUUGAACUCUGUGAUGCUGUGUUCGUUGAGAGCCGGCGCGGCGGUUCUUCUGAUGCAGAAGUUCGAGAUAGGUUCGCUGCUGGAGCUGAUACAGAGGCACCGCGUGUCGGUGGCGGCGGUGGUGCCGCCGCUGGUGCUGGCGUUGGCAAAGAAUCCGAUGGUGGACCAGUUCGACUUGAGCUCGAUUCGAAUGGUGCUGUCUGGGGCUGCGCCGCUGGGGAAAGAGCUGGAGGCGGCGUUGCUCAGCCGUUUGCCGCAGGCAGUAUUUGGACAGGGGUAUGGGAUGACGGAGGCAGGUCCAGUGCUGUCAAUGUCACCGUCAUUCGCAAAGCAGCCACUGCCAACAAAAUCAGGGUCUUGUGGCAACGUUGUCCGCAAUGCGGAACUCAAAGUCGUUGACCCUGAAACGGGCUUCUCUAUUCCCCGUAACCAGCCCGGUGAGAUUUGCAUCCGCGGCCCGCAAAUCAUGAAAGGGUAUUUGAAUGAUGCUGAGGCAACGGCGAGAACAAUUGAUGUGGAGGGUUGGCUCCACACCGGUGACAUUGGCUAUGUUGAUGAUGACGAUGAUGUUUUUAUUGUUGACCGAGUCAAAGAACUCAUCAAAUUCAAAGGCUUUCAGGUACCACCAGCUGAGCUAGAAGCUCUUCUUGUAAGCCACCCCAGUAUCGCCGAUGCUGCUGUUGUACCGCAAAAAGAUGAGGCCGCCGGUGAAGUUCCUGUGGCGUUUGUCGUUCGAUCGAAUGGAUUUGAACUCACGGAAGAAGCUGUCAAAGAUUUCAUUUCAAAACAGGUGGUGUUUUACAAGAGACUGCACAAAGUAUAUUUUGUACAUGCCAUUCCCAAGUCUCCUGCUGGUAAAAUUCUAAGGAAAGAUCUUAGAGCCAAACUGGCAGCAGCUUCCUAAAAGAUACUAUCAAUUGUUAAAUUAAAUUAGUUUAUUAGAGAUUAUAUUUAGGUAUUAUUUAAUUAUCUUUUUCUUGCCUCAUUGUUGUAUUCUCAAUUUUUUCCUUGUUAUUCAUCACUCGAAAUUAUUGUAAUAUGUGUAUUGUAUUCCAUUCAUCCAUUCUUAUUUAAAUAAUUGAAUGUCAACGUUUAUUAUUUUUAAUUAU